GGUAGUCCUGGAAGAAGACCAAGAUUGUUAUUUUUUACUAUAGUAUGAGUAUGCUGAGGGCCCAUAAUCUAUAUGUUUGUGGUUAGCUCCCUCCUGCCAUAAGCAGAACCCCCCUCGGCUUUUAAGGGUUAAAUUCGUUAGAUAAACAACAUUUUUCCGCUUGUAUUCUGAAAGAAUACAGUUUACAUCAAAACAACGUUUUUUAAAUUUGCUUAUGGAAAACUGAGAUCUUCUCGACUGUGUGUCACAAAAUAUGUGCGUACUACAUAGGAAGAAGUGUAGCGAAGUAAUAAUAACUUCGCUACUAACUACAACUGAUUACGUUUCAUAAAAAAAGUGGAUCUUUCUUUACGUUUGAAAGUAAAAGGUGCAUGCCUAUCCUCUACUAACAAAAUCGUGACUACGCCGCUAUUCUCAACAAAAGUAGUGUAAUACGAGGUAAAGUGCAUCAUUGUCCGAAUACGAAUCAAUUAGCAAUAUUAAUGAUUAUUUAUCAAUUGGUGAUGGUUUAGUUUAAAAUACUCACGGUAGUUGAGUGAAAAAAAUCAGAAAAUAUAAUUUAGAACACUGUUGUUGUAUUUGAAAAAGGUGAGAAAGGGAAACUUUGUUCACUUCGAGGAGCGAGUAAAGCGAACGGAGUGGUAGUAGAUAGAUGUGUUAGCCGAUGUUUCUAUUGACGGCGGCGUGACGAACAUCUCUACUAGUGGAGUAUCCCAUAGAGUGUGCUUUUUUUCCCCGUAGCAUUUAUGCAUAAAAAAAAUUAUAUUAUAUGACACUUCUGAUCUGAUUUUCAUAAGUACAUGUAAAUAUAAAAUAUGUUCAAUAACUAUUUUCAAAAUAUGGGCGUAUAAUUAAUUCUGCUCUGUAGCAUGAUGAUACUGAUGAUCUAAUUCUUUGUUUUUCAGUUGUAGCUUUAGGUCUCUGCCUCUCAUAACCAUUUUUUCAUCGAACUUUUUACAUGAAUUUUUUCUAAUAGUCAUAAUGAGUUUCUAGUCUUUUGAAUUACUUACAUGAACGCAUAGAGCUUGUCUAAGAAUUAGAGACAGAAUACCUGGACCUGUGACAUGCUCAGAUGCGACAAGGUCAAAAUUUGUAGAAGAAACUAGAAAGUCUAACUUUUGGGUGGUUUACUGUUAUUCGAUAAAACGAACAAUUUUGUCUAGAACGUGGUCCUGACCUACAAACGUGAAUCUUGACCUGCGGACCUGGGCGCUAGGUCCAUUGUGUGAAAAAAUUCUGAGAGUAUUGCGAAUUUGCGAUAUUUUGUACUACAGUUCAAAAAGAAUUCUUAGAAUAUGUGAGAAGCACGAGAUAGAUAGAUAUUUAAAUACGAAUCUAAGACUUUAGAUCACAGGUUCAGGUCUACUUUUGCUAAGUCAGAUCUGGACAUAUGACCUGAAUCUUCCUAUCUCUGCUAAAAAUGUGCUUUUUCAUGUCAGCAAACAUCCUGUAUCCUUUGACUGGCGAUCUACUGGAAGAUGUCGAAUGAAUAGACGUUCUUUGUGCAUCUGGAAAAACAUCCGCAUCGUCAUAUUUAUGCUGAAUAUAUGAUUCUAGUAGUUCUGUCCUUACAGUGAGAACUUUCUUGAUGAACUUGAACAUGUAAGUUCUAGUUUGUGUUUCUAUCGUACUAAAUCUAAAUGUCCCUAUGUUCUGUAGCAUAAUUCUAAUACGGACUUACAAAAUGAUAAAACUUAUUAUCGUUAAUUUGAAAUGUUCUACUUCCAUUUUAGUCACAUCUUGAUGAAUGUCAUUCAAACAUUCAAUGUGAAUUAUGUAAUGAAAAGUUUUCCUCGACUAGUAUAUUAGACAAACAUAAAACUGAUUCAUGUCCUAAAGCGCUUAUUACCUGCCCAUUGGAGAAAUAUGGUUGUGCUGAUAAAGUUAUUCGAAGUCAAUUUGGUACUCACCUUCUGCAUGAAUCUCAUCAAGGAGCUAUUCUAUCAUUCAUUCAACUUAUUGAAUCUAAAUUUGGCCCUCUUGAUAUCACCGAUCGUAACAUUUCAUCAAUUACCCAUAUUUUAACAAACAGCAAUGUUCCUUCUUCAACAGCAGUCAAACAAGAAAAUGUAAUCGAUCAACAUUUCAUGGAAUGUGAAAAUAUUGAACCAGCACAAAACUCUAGUAAUGCUAACAUAGAAACUCAAAUCAAUGAUUUAUAUGCUACGCAUAAAAAAUGUUAUGAAUUAUUAAUGACAUUAUCCCAAGGUAUACAAACAAUAACACAGGAAACAAACAGGCUAAGUACAGAUUCAUUACGUUUAAAUAAUUCGAUACAAACAAUCUAUAAAGAAUCCAAUGAUUUGAAGAAGUCAAUGGAAGAAAAAGAUAUAUAUUUAGCAGGAAUAGCACCUAAUCAAGAAAUUUUACAACAAGAACUAUCGAGCAUCAAAGAAAAAAUAGAUAGUAUGGAAUUUAGAUCGUUCGAUGGUACUCUAACAUGGAAAGUCAGUGAUGUAUCAGAAAAAAUGGCUGAUGCUCAGUCUGAAAGACAGACGAGUAUUUACUCACCCGCAUUCUAUUCAUCACCAACUGGAUAUAAAAUGCGUGUUCGACUCUAUCUUCAUGGUGAUGGAAAUGCUAGAAGAACUCAUAUGUCAUUGUUUUUUGUACUUAUGAGAGGUGAUUAUGAUUCUAUCCUCAAAUGGCCAUUUAAUUUCAAGGUCACCUUUUGUCUCUAUGAUCAGUCUGGACAAAAUCGUCACGUUAUCGAUUCAUUUAGACCGGAUACAAAGUCGAAUAGUUUUCAGAGGCCACGUUCUGACAUGAAUAUUGCUUCCGGGAUUCCAAAAUUCUUUCCGUUACCGAUGAUUCAACAAGAUGGUAAUAACUACGUUCGAGAUGAUACGAUGUUCAUCAAAGUAAUUGUCGACUUUGCAGAUAUGCCAAAAAUGAUCUUACCAUACGCUUUAAGUCUUAAUCCUGGCCUUCCACAUCAUGUCCAACAAUAUUUAAUUAAACAGGAGAUCCAAAAACGUCAGCAAGCGCCGACAAUGCCGGCAACCGUUCCACCACCACCCGUGACUAGUACAUGUGGUUGA